AAUUAAAUCAAUUAUAAAGCACCUGCUUCCGGUUCCGUUGCUCGGGUAAACAAUAUAUUUGAUAAGAAAUAAUUUAUAACAUGUAACUGGAAAAUAUACAUUUGAAAUUUUAAUACAACUGAAACAGUGCCUUAAUUGUCAAUUAUGGCGACAGGCCACAUUUUACCAGGUUACGGAAACCCAGUCACACGGUUGAGAAGAGCGCAAUCUGCUUACCCAUUAGACAAGCAAAAAUUGCAGGAACUGACUGCAAGAAAUGUACCGGAUCUUGAUCCUAGAACAUUAGAUCACAUAAGAGAAAAUGCUCGCAAUAUGUGGCUACGACCACGCUAUGAUUCAACUACUUACAACACAUUUCAUACCGGGGACCAACUUGAUGCACCAACUGAACCCCAGCCAACAGAACCACUUAGACGUCAUAAACCACAUCCAAAACCUGUGUUCCUGACCAAUCGCUUACAUUAUGUACCCGGAUAUCACAAUGCUGAUGCUACCAUGGGAAAGCCUGUGUAUAGAAUUGAUGACACAUUUACCGACGAGGAGCGACAGUUACGAAGACACCAGAGAGAGAAGUAUAUAGCAAGACCUCGAACAGCCGCUGUCGACCAAUACCAUGAACCUUGGGCGCAACUUACUGACGCAGUAGGACCAGUUGAAGCUUGGGGUGCUCAGGCUUGGCUCAAGAUGGCUGAUGAUGACCACCAACAUGAAGUUGUGAAUGCAAUUCGUGACUACCAAGAUAAAGAACUUUUCAACACUGCCAAGGCAUUACCAAAUCACACCCACUUUCAGAAGAAUGUAAAAAUUCAAACACAAGAUUCACAAUAUGAGCAUCAACAUAAUUUUGAACAGGCAAAGCAGAUAAACGUGGAAUAUAACAAGAAAACAGAAACUACGGGCGGAACACACAAUGAGAACCAAAAGAAUCAUGAAGAAAUAGCUGUUAAAUCAAACAUAAAACAAGAAGGCAGCAAUCAGAAAAUGCUUAAAGAAAUUGCUAAGAACUUUGCAUUUGCCAAAGGAAAAAAUAUACCACAAACUAAAUCCAAUGUUGAAACCUUGCAGCAGAAAGUUACCAUGCCUGAAAAGAAAUCCAGCACAGGUGACAAAUUACAGAAGAAGGCUUUCCCUCUAAAAGUGACGAUGCCAACAGAGAAUGGUGUUAUAAACAAAGUUGAGGUAGAAAAGAUCAUUAGUUAUAUUAACAACAAAGUGUAUCGUGGGGAGAACAAAAAACAUGAAUCAGUUGCGAAGCAGCAAGCAGUUAAAUUCAGAAGUCCAGUACAAACAAGCGAACAGAGUCCUCAACAUUACAAAAAGGAAGGAAAAGUUGCGGAAAAUGAAACAAAUGAUAAAGAGACAAGUGACAGCAGUAUGAAAAACAAAAAUCCGAUUGACGAAAGUAGAGUGAUACUGAAAUACCAGUCUCCGGUACCACCUCCAGUAGCUGAUGCUACUCCCAGACCACAUACUGCCAUCCCGUCAAUGCACAGAUGGAUGAAAGGUGCUGGUGCUACAGAGUCGGAGCAAGUGAGACGAAUAUUGUAUGGCGGGUACCCACCAAGUACUAUUCAGCCGCUAGGAAAUCUAGGUUACCCAAGCACAAUGCUUCAGCGACGACAGCAAGAUGCAGACAAUGUAAGGAAAGCAAGAUACAUCAACAAAUAUCCGAGAGGAGAUUUCCUAAUUCACCCAGAAUACCCACCAUCUUUUCCACACCAUAGAAUUGACUAAUUCUAGAUUCUAGUCAUUUAAUAAACUUAAACGUUUUAACAAGAAGCCACAAGAGUCCUUCAUAUUAAAUGGGAUGCAUGUAAUAAGUAUUUACUUAAUCUUGCUGUUGCCCGAUUAAAAUUACAAACAUAAAGUGUACUUUUAUAAGUUUCAGCUAUGUGUAUUUAAGAAAUAAGUUAUAGCAAAAGAGUGUUUUAACACUACUUAUGCACGAUGGGCGGUUAUACGUCGGGCGAAAUAAUUUUACGAGUGCCCAGCCCGAGUGAAAUUAUUUGUACGACGUAUUACCGCCCGAGUGUAUAAAUAGUGUUAAAACACGGUUUUGCUAUAAAUUAUUUCGAUUCUAAUAUACCCUUAAUCUAAAACAGCUAGUAGAUGAAAUAUAGUAGCGCUCUUUCUUGGUCGCAACAAAAACAUUGACGUCACCGCAUGUUAACGUGACGUCAUUCUAGCGUAAGAGUGUUUUAACAGAGAAAACCAUAAUUAGAAUGGUACUACAAGUAGCUUAUCAUUGGUAUUUCAAUGCCCCAGUAAUUGUUUUAUAGAUGAAGGAUACUCACUGGCAAUUACACCUUUGCAUUUACUUUAAACUAAACAAAAAACAUUGAUGUAAAAUUGUUAUCUUGAAUUAUACAAAGACAUUUAUCAUUUUUUUUCUACUUAUACAGUCAUUAAUGUAAACAUAACACGCACUCGUAUCAAGAUAUUUCAAAUCUGUGAUGUAUUUUUAUUGUUUUAAAAUGUUAUUAAGCAUAUUGUAAAGAUUUUUUCUUUUACGUUGCAUUGUUUUGUCAUAGACUGUUUAAAAAACGACGUAUUUUAUACAAAUAAUUGUAUAUUAUCAUGUACACUUUGUUGUAACUGUUCCAUAUUUAGUGACAGUUACAUAUAUGUCACUUGUACCUCGUUAUUUACAUUAUAUAUUGUAAAAUUUAUUUUUAAUGUUAAUUUCUCUGUUACUGACUGCUUUUAUUUCUUUGUUACUGACUGCCUCAGUUGAAUGUGUGAUAUGCAAAUGUGAGUAACUGAAAUUAUUGUGUUCAGCUGGAGAGAAAUAUCAUACGAUACGUACUGAGUACGGGAUUUCAGUGUCAGAGAAGUCCAUAGCGGGUGAUAGCAUAUUUUUUACAGGUUUAAAAUGAUGCAUAAAACUGGUUUCAUUUACAUACUUGUUGUAUAUGCCUAGUUAUGUGAAAAAGUGCGUAACCUGCUUUGUUGUUCGCCAAAAGUUGUUAAUGAAUGGCUGUAGAAUAGGAAAUAUAUUUCUUUAUUUGCAUUUUCAGGUAGAACCUUUUUACUACCAAGAAUAUCAUUCUCGCGACAUAUAUGCUUAACAGUGUUUCAGAAAAACAUUUGGUUAAACUUUCUUUCCUUAUAAUUUUGUAAGAAUUUUUCUUAAUUUUUGUUGAUGUUGCAUUUAAUAAUUAACAUAUUUUCUUGUUGUAGCUGGACGUAUACCGGCAUUUUAAUUAUAAAUCAUCAACAUACGUAAGUUUUGUUUCAAACUCAUACAAAGCGAAAAAAUGGUUGGACUCCACCGCUAUGGAUUGAGUUAGUUAGCUUUGUAAAUUCUUGUUAAAUGUAAGAUGUUAAAACUGAUUACAUAAUGAUACUGUCAAAUUCAACCCUUUCCUCGAUAGAGGACACUUGAGUUGCGUUCUUAAAUAAUGUCACAUGGAGAACUUAGUAAAUCGUCCAGACAAAUGUAUUCUUAAUAUGAUUAAUAUUGUAUUCAAAUGCUGUUAGUAAAUAUGUUAACACAUAUGAAAUCUCAAUACUUUUACAAUUUUAAAGAAAUAAACCGAAUAAGAAGAUA